AUGGAUGGUGGAACACUGCUUGAAUUAAUCACUUAUCUGUUGGAGUGCCUGUCGUCCUUCUCCACGGCUGAUGACCUCUGCCGGAAGCUGGAGGAUCUGCAGCAGUUCCAGAAAAGGGAGCCUGAGAGUGAGGAAGAAGUGGAUAUCCUCAGCCUGUCAGAGCCACUGAAGACAAACAUUAAAAAGGAGCAGGAAGAAAAGCAGGAAGAAAUGAGGUUCUACCUGCCACCAACCCCAGGCUCUGGAUUCAUUGGUGACAUCACUCAGAAAAUCGGGAUCACCCUGCAGCCUGUGGCACUGCACAGGAACAUGUAUGCCUCAGUCGUAGAGGACAUGAUCUUAAAGGCCACGGAGCAGCUGGUGAGUGACAUCCUGAGACAGGCACUGGCGGUUGGAUACCAGACAGCAUCUCCCAACAGGAUUCCCAAAGAAAUCACAGUGAGUAAUAUUCAUCAGGCCGUUUGCAACAUUCCUUUUCUGGAUUUUCUCACGAACAAACACAUGGGGAGACUGAACGAAGAUCAGUGACUGCAGUGAGGAGAUCCCCGAAAGGCGGGAUGGAAGCUGUGUCUGCACUGUGCAAACUGUGACCCUUGUGCUUGGGGAAAGUUGGUGUUCUCUGUUGGAAUGCCAUGGCUGCCAAACCAUUCCUUCCAUCUAACUGCGUGUUACACAAGGGCAUCGAGUCCCAGGAGCCCCCCUUUUAAGACAGAGUUGUUUCCAAUUCUGGAGGGAAGCUGAAUGGACACAGUUCU